ACAGUUUCCGGGUUUCCCUUCCUGGGCUGGGACAGCAGCGAGAGGCGAAAAGCUUCUGUUUAUUAACAUUAUCGCAAAGUUACGCACAGAAUCAUCCAGCGUCCAUAAUCAGUGGCCAUGUCUCAGUGUGGAGAGAAAGGGAAGUUCCCAGAGGCAGCAGGUUACGUAGGCUUUGCUAACCUCCCAAACCAAGUCCACCGAAAGUCAGUGAAGAAGGGCUUUGAGUUUACCCUCAUGGUUGUGGGGGAGUCUGGGUUGGGCAAAUCUACACUGAUAAACAGCCUGUUUCUCACCGACCUCUAUCCCGAACGCUACAUCCCUGGUGCCGCAGAGAAGAUUGAGAGGACUGUGCAGAUCGAGGCAUCGACCGUGGAGAUCGAGGAGAGAGGAGUGAAGCUUCGCCUGACUGUGGUUGACACCCCUGGAUACGGAGAUGCCAUCAACAGCCAGGACUGCUUUAAGACCAUCAUCCAAUACAUUGACAAUCAGUUUGAGCGAUACCUCCAUGAUGAGAGCGGGCUGAACCGAAGACACAUCGUGGACAACAGGGUGCACUGCUGCUUCUACUUUAUAUCUCCGUUUGGACACGGUCUUAAGCCUCUGGAUGUGGAGUUUAUGAAGGCCAUCCACAGCAAAGUCAACAUCGUGCCUGUGAUUGCCAAAGCUGACACACUGACCCUGAGAGAGAGGGAUCGCCUCAAGAGGAGGAUCCUGGAUGAGAUCGCCGAGCACGGGAUCAAAAUUUACCAGCUGCCUGACGCUGACUCUGAUGAGGACGAGGAGUUCAAGGAGCAGACCAGAGUCCUCAAGGCAAGUAUCCCCUUUGCUGUGAUUGGAUCCAACCAGCUGAUCGAGGUGAAGGGGAAGAAGAUCCGUGGUCGUCUUUACCCCUGGGGAGUGGUGGAGGUGGAGAACCCUGAACACAAUGACUUCCUCAAACUGCGCACCAUGCUUGUGACCCACAUGCAAGACCUUCAGGAAGUAACUCAGGACCUGCAUUACGAGAACUUCCGCUCAGAGAGGCUGAAGAGAGCCGGCAGAGCUGUGGAGGAGGAUGUGGUGGACAAGGACCAGAUCCUGCUACAGAAGGAGGCUGAGCUGAGACGCAUGCAAGAGAUGAUUGCGCAGAUGCAGGCACAGAUGAAAAUGAAAGCAGACGAGUGACGAGGCAGCGUGGAGCUCUUCUGACUGCCCCGCCUCCCUCAUCCUUCUCUGGAUCCCUCCCUCCCUCCCUCCCUCCCUCCCUGCCACCUCCCCUCCCCUUCAGUCCCAUCCAUGUCUCCAGGUACCCAGGAACAGUCUGGCCUGCACCAUCACCUACAUACCUCUGCACAUCACCGCAUCCCUCACCUUCCAAACAUCCAUCCAUCAGCCCAUCAGGAGCACCGUGUCGAUGUUUUGUCCUCGGUAUCAGACUUUGCCGAAAGUCAAAGUGUCAACUCUCACUGUUUGUCCUACUUUGUGUCCUAGUUUGCUGUGUGGGAUUGGACAGGAUUAGAAUUAGGGUGAUCAUGAAAAUGUUUGGGUACUGCAUGAUUGCCACUCAGUGCUCUUCGGUCUUAAAGGGGGAAAUUAUGCUCCACAAAGCUGCCAGUGAUAACUAAGGUACUAAUGGUCCGAGAUUUUGCUGUCACCACUAACAUGUUUACAAAAAAUGUUUGUUGGUAUUGUUUUGUUUGAGUCCUGGCUUUUAGUUUGUGACGUGUCCUUCAGGUGACACAGUUUUCAAUUUAUUUACAGCACUAAAUCUAACAGGUAAUGACAGUAAAUCAUGUUUUUUAAUGAAUGCUAUAAUGUGUAACUGGUUGCUUCUGUUAUUUUGUCUUUUGGCUUAUGAAAUAAUUCCAUCACCAAAUGCCUUUUCCUCUUCCGACCUUUGUUGCCUUCCUAUCAGUUUGACCAGACAAGGGUUAUGUGAGCUCAGUACUCUUUGUUCGAUGUCUUAUAAUGCUAUGAGUAUACAGUAAAAAAAAAAAAAAUCACCAAUGAGAGGUAUGUGAGGGCUGCUGUCUUUGGCUCUGUCAUUAACAAGGGAAUCUUUGUCCUUCUCAAGAGGAACGAGGAAUGCUCGUUGCUGAUAAACAAAAUAUUUGUCCUUGUUUGUCUUCAACCCUGAAACUCCAAGUUGCUUUGGUUGGGAAGAUGUUAUCAGUGGGUCAAAACCCUAUAAAAAGUUUAGAGAUGCAAAAAAAAAAAAAAAAAGGGUGUUCAUAUUGUGAGCGAGUUACGUUUAUUCUGAGAGUAAAAUAGCAGCUGUUAACAAUCGAAAACUGCCGCUGUCUUGCGUUGAAAUACUGUAAGUGCCAUGUGGUUGUUGUAUUUAUGCUACAUUAUCUUGCUGCCAGUGCCUUUCCACUUCUACAGACUGAAUAUCAAACAAAUCAUGUCAAAUCACAACAUGUCCUGUUUUCUACACUACAUGAUCAGUUUUGGGGGAUUUUGCCAGUUGGGCACUGAACUCUGUGACUGAUUUUCUUAAAUCAUAGAUGUUUUUCUGUUAGUUUUCACCUGCCACUUUUAAAAAAGACUAUUCCUUUUAUUAUUGUGACUAUCAAAAUAUGCAAUAUGCAUAUGUUGGGUGUGUUGUACCAGUGAACCGCUCCAACCAGCUGACUUGACUAAACAUCCUGACGUCUCCGUGCCAUCGUGGACGUGACAUUGGCAUUAUUUUGUUCCUCUGUAUGUCCUUUGCUCUUGUACGCAGCUUUGUCUGUUGAAUUCUUUCAGACAGACAGUAUUAACCAUACGUCAAAGUCAGGCAGUAGAGAUUUGUUUUUAUGUGUCUCCAUGUUUUGUUUUGGUUUGGUUUUUUUGUAUUUCUUUCUGAAAUAAAGUUUCUUUAGCGACA